UGAGAAACAUUACUAGAUUCCAUAGUUUGGUCCGGUUUUUCCUGGCGAUGUGGGAGGUCGUCAAGACCAUAUAAAAGGGGUUGGGGAAGUUCAGUUUAUCCAGUUGACUGCUGACAGCCUUACGCCGAGGAUGAAGACUCUCCUGAUCGUGCUGGUGUGUGUGGGCGUGGCCUCCUGCCAGGAUGGGUCCUACAUCCUGGAUUCCAGAGGCGUCGACGCCCAGCAGGGGCUCCUUCCAGCACGACAGCUCUACGACAACUACGAGGCCUUCUCAGACGCCUUCAGGCGACGAUCUCAGGAGAUGGCCAGGGAGUACAGCUUGGACCAGACUGUCUACAACGACCCUAACCCCGAGUACACCUGGGCUUAUGCCGUCGACGCCAAAUCCACCGGGGACAUGAAGUCUGCCAGAGAGGAGCGUCGAGGGGACGUCGUUGUGGGUCAGUAUUCUGUCAUGGACCCUGAUGGCACUCUGCGCACAGUCGACUACUCGGUCGCUCCAGGCACUGGAUUCUAGGCCAAGGUCACCAAGGAAAGGGCUGACGGCGUUUCCAGCAGUCCAGACACGACAUACAGCCAACAGAAUCAGUAUUCCCAGUACCAAAGACAGCAGUACAACCAGAAUCAACAAUCGUACAGGAAUCAAAACCAGGAAUCUCGCUUCCUGAAUCAGAGGAACAACAGGAAUGAUUACCAAAAUCA